AUGUAUGCAGGACGCAAGAGGAGAAAACCAGUUCAGAGAGCGGUGAAGCAGCCACCGGCUGAAGGGGCCAAAUCCAACCCGUCCAAACGGCACAGAGACCGUCUGAAUGGAGAGCUGGAGCGGCUGGCCAGCCUGCUGCCUUUCCCCGAGGAGGUCACCGCCAGUCUGGACAAGCUCUCCAUCCUCCGGCUGAGCGUCAGCUACCUGAGAGCCAAGAACUUCUUCUCCGUCGCCCUGACCAGUCGAAACGGUGUGACUCCGCCCAGUGCAAAUGAUGACGACAGUAAAACAGAGGUGGAGGCCAAGAUCCCUGAGGGUGAACUCCUGCUGCAGGCUCUCAACGGUUUUGUCCUGGUCCUCACAGCCAGUGGCACCAUCUUCUUCUCCUCUCACACCAUCCAGGACUACUUGGGCUUCCACCAGACGGACGUCAUGCACCAGAGUGUGUAUGAGCUGGUCCACACAGAGGACCAGCAGGAGCUCAGGAGAAACUUGCACUGGGCUCUGAAUCCUCCUGCCGCUGCGUCUGCCGUUACCCAGGACUCCCCCCAAGAUAUGGAACCUGACAGCAGCUCCGCUCUGGUCACCUACAACCCCGAACAGCUUCCCCCUGAAAACUCGUCCUUCCUGGAGAGGAGCUUCGUGUGUCGUUUCCGCUGCCUGCUGGACAACUCCUCCGGCUUUCUGGCGUUGAACAUCCAGGGCCGGCUCAAGUUCCUGCACGGACAGAACCAGCGGCAAGAGAACGGAGGGAAGGCGCCGCCGCAGCUCGCCCUCUUUGCCAUCGCCACUCCUCUGCAGCCUCCGUCCAUCCUGGAGAUCAGGACCAAGAACAUGAUCUUCAGAACCAAACACAAGCUGGACUUCACACCCUUGGCCUGCGAUGCAAAGGGGAAGAUAGUUUUGGGGUACACAGAGGCUGAGCUGCGCGUACGAGGAUCCGGCUACCAGUUCAUCCAUGCAGCAGAUAUGUUGUACUGUGCAGAGAACCAUGUCAGAAUGAUGAAGACUGGAGAGAGUGGUCUGACUGUGUUCAGGCUCCUCACCAAGGAGAAUCGCUGGAAAUGGGUCCAGGCCAACGCCAGGCUGGUGUACAAGAAUGGCAAACCAGACUACAUCAUCGCCACCCAGAGGCCUCUUUUGGAUGAAGAGGGAGGAGAACACUUGCGCAAGCGCUCCAUGCAUCUACCCUUUACCUACGCUACAGGUGAGGCUCUGCUCUACCAGUCCAACCAUCCCAUUGCAGGCUUUAGAGAUGGAAGCCUGGAGAAAAACGGCAGCAAGUCGAAGAAGAGCCGGACUGACAGGCUGGUGAGGGAUGGUCUGGACCCUGGCUCCCUCCUGGGGGCGUUAAUGAGUCAGGAUGAGUCGGUGUACGUUUGCCAGCCCGCCCUGGAGCCCAAAAUGUCCUUCCACAGCAGCUUCUUUGGAGAGCAGAUGGGUUUCUCUGACUCCGAACCACCCUCCAGCUUGCACAGAAGCUGGGACGAGCCAAGCAACGGCAUGGUGGGUCCAGGCAUCACAGAGCCAAACACAAGCUUCGACCCACUGCUUGCCACUCUGGACUCCCUCUCCUUGGAAAGCCAAGGUGUUGUGGACGCAGACGAGGGCGGGUGUUCAAACGGUGAGCUGUUCGGAGCUCUGGAGGGGUUGGGGCUGAGUGCUGAGGACCUGGAGCUGCUGUUGCUGGAUGAGCGGAUGAUCAGAGUUGAGAUGGACCCUGAACGCGUGCCCACUUUGGACGACCUGCUGACGAACGACGAGAUCCUUUCAUAUAUCUACGAUUCCAUAGAGGGAAAGACUGAUUCCGCAGAGCACGGAGGACAGGUGCCUCCUAGUACGUCCUCAGCGACAGCCACAACACUGUCAAUACCUGAAAGUAAUCCCACCUCUGACGCUAAUGUGCAAAUGCAGUUUCCUCACCAUAAGCCUCCCCUGGUGGGGCAGGCUCCCAUCGUCCAGCUGUCCCAGCAGAUGCAACAGCACCUCAACAUGCGAACAGGUAAAGUAGCGCAUGACUGGGGUCAACAGAGCGACCACUUGGCGAACACGAUAGUCAACGGAGAGCUGCUGGGGCAAAAUCAAUCUAUUCCCAACGGACAGUGGACUGCCCAAGACAUUCUCACCAGUGCAGGGAUACAACUAGACCCCUUUAACAAACAACAGACUAUUUUCAAUGGCAAGGCCUCAGAGCUGGAUGGCGAGCUCCAUCAGCAGCAGACACAUCAACGCUACCUUCAGCAGAAGCAACCGAGGAUGCAGAACCAGGUCUCGCAGCAGUGCCAUGCCAAACAGAAGGCGGCCAACCUCAACGGACUGUGCGGCAUCUCCAGCACGGAGCAUUCAGCCGGGAAAUCCCAGUGGCAGGACUUCGGAUUCAGUGAGAGUCUGGGCAGCAACCCCUGCCUUGAUAACAGCCAAAAACCUCUUACAAACACCUCACUAGAUUCUUGCAUGGAUUAUAGUAUGCCUGACAUUGACAAUGCAGAUUACACUAUCAGCGGAAGUGGUUUGCUCGGGCGUAGCGGGCAGCAGCACGGGGCCGAGUCCAUGGUCUCAUCCUUUCAGGGGAUGAACCACAAACGGCAGCAGGAGCAAAUCCCGGUUCCUUUGGCCCAGGUCAUCUCCAGCUUGUCGCAGUGCCCGCCCCCCAAUGCCUCCCUGGAGCAGAUCCUGGGAGUGGGCAAGCCCUGCCGGCAGCUGGAUCACUACGGCAUGGUGACCUCGGAGAUGCCUCAUGAGCCUAAUCAUAGUAAGAUGGAGAACGGCUGCAUCCUGAACAGCGCUUACCCAGGAGGCUGUGCUCUGCCCAAUGGGAACGGACCAGCGCCCCCUGCUGUCCAGAUGCCCGUCCCUGAGACGUUGUCCAGCCUCCCCGACCCACCAGCCACGGGCUUCUACCUCUGA